AUGACAGAAUCCACCGGACAGCCGAAUGAAGCGUUGGGCUUUAGAGCCAGCAAACGUCUUCCCGUCGAGGACCUGAAUUGCUUUGGAGAUGGGAAGUUGGCCCACGCCACCGGCACAAAGCUGGACCAGAGCAAAGCAGAACAUCUCCUUGGAUGCUCCGAGGAACAUUGUGCCUUCUACACCUCGUCGGAGAACAUGGAGGUGGAUGCUGGAGAGCUGUGCGUUCGGGCCGAAGAUGGUUCGGACAAGGAAGCGUUGGGGUUGAGGAUGAUGGGUGAGCAGAACAAGAAAGUGGGGAUCAACGGAGGAGACACCCCAGAGAUGCCAGAAGCGGAUUCCAGGCCCAGUUCAGGGUUUUACGAAACCAGCGAAAUGGGCUCCCUGUCGGAUUCGUGCGCCUCGGUGCACAGCGACGGACCCGGGGCCUCGCGCUGUAGCAUCGGCUCCCUCCCCCACCUGCCCGGCCUGCGCGAGAGCAGCUUCGCUCGGCCACGGUCGACCGACGAGGCUGCGGUCCGGCUCCUUGACCUCCAGCUCCAGCGCCUGACCUUGGCGAGCGUAGCGAGGACCGACAACCGGCGCCCCGUGUCCACCGGUGACCUUGAGUUCCUCUUGGGCCUGGGGGACUUGUCCUUCCCCCUCCCGAGGCCCCCGAAUUUCCAGCUGCUACGGUACAAGUCUGACCUGGUCUCCCGAAACACCAAUGAAGUCUACCACUACCCCAGUCCCCUCCACGCCGUAGCCUUGCAGAGCCCUCUCUUCACCAAUGGCCUCUCUCAAAGCUCGUCUCAGGAAGAUCUUGACGAAGGGCCCCCAAAGGUUCCCAGAUCCGACUCGCCCAAGAGGGAACCCGUCUGCUCCAGGGAGCCCCCGAGGGUCCGCUUAGACCAGUACAUGGCUAAGUUGGUGCUGCGUUACAAAUGCCGCACGGCAGCCAACAGAACAGACUCUGGAUACCUCAUGGGGAACCAGAAGAGCUUAUCCAUGACGUCCGUCUGUAGCUCCGGGCUGGCGGCUGGUCAGGUCCUCGCUCCAGUUCCAGGAUGGAAGAUCCGACGGCGGAUCUCCACCUGUUCUCACUUGCGUUCUCCCGAAGGCCCAGAGGGGGCACGAGAUUCCCGGGUCCUGGACGGGCUGUGGGAUUUCCCCCCGUUUCCAGAGAUCGGCUCCUUUCAAUCAAGUACCACCAACCUCGCCAAAGCUAGUGAGUCGUCUGUGAUUUCCCUCCCGGCGCCCCAAGACCCUUCGGUCAACCUCGACCUGAACAAGCCAUCCGCCGCGCCGGAGAGAAGGGCUUUAGGCUGGACAGCUGGGGCCCAGCAGCAGAUAAUCAAGACAGAGACGUCCUUCAAAAAGGAGGCCUCAUUGUCUCGGGCCACUCCUGGCGUCGACAAGCUGUACAAAGGCAAACACGCUUCGCGGGAGUUGGUGAAGACCGCCGAGAGAGAAGAGAAGGCAGCCGAGAGAAGCUGGUUGAGUCCCCGCGAGUUGCUGCGCAGGUUGAGCCUCCGCCGCAAACCUUCAGCCCGCGCGGGAGGCAGGGCCCGGGCCAGCUCAGAAAUGAACGUCCACGCCGCCGCGGGACUGGUAGGUCCCAGCCACCCUCAAGCCAGCCGGGGCAAGGCCGUCAAGCCGAAAUGGACAUCGGUUCUGGAAAUUUCCAGCAAAACCGCUGGACGGCAUCGCGGGAAAGCGGGAACGUUCCUUCCGCCGGUGGCGUUAAACCGCAACCUCGCCUUUUCCUCUGACAUGCCGGCGUCGUUCUGCUUCCUGGAGGACAGCCACUUUGACCUGCCGCCUCGGCAGCGGGCUGGGCUUGCUGGCAGCGGGUCCAGCCUCAGUGAGGUGGAAGCGACCAGCGCGGUCAGCCUGAACGGGGACUGGGUUUUCCAUCAGCUUGGAGACCGAUGGCUGCAUGGCUCGGCCACUUUGGAUCUGGCAGAUUUGCCCGCCCCUAAUUUUAAGCUUCGGCGCAGCCGUUCGUUCAAGGAACUGAAGAAGAUCGUGUCUCGCUCCUUCAAGAGUUCCCGAACUGCCAAAUACUAGAAAAAGAUUGGAUGAUCAGUUGGGAUGUGUGCGAAAAGAUGAACGAACCUUCUGAACGGGUGGGGGGUUUGGUUUUGUGGUGACUGAUCAUGUUGGAAAAGUUUCUCUAUUAGUUUGGACAAUGGGAGUGCCUCCAGGAUAUUAUCCUUUUUCCACAUUGAAGCUUCCUGGGUCGUUUGCCAAGGGCCUCCUGAAUUCAGAUGUGAACCUCUCGAGCCGUAGGACACCUACGGACCUGAACCCAAGCCAAAGUUGAACUUGAACUCGAGAUCUCCGUAGAAAGCCCUCCCCCCCCGAGAUGUUUUCUAUCAGCUGCUGCUUAUUCUCGCUCUGAACUGGCUUUCUUAACAUUGCAGCAGGAGCUAUGCGAGGGGUGGAGAAAAUGCCACUUUUGUUAAAGUCUGCAUCUCCUCUUGGGGUUGUUUUGAUCUUGUCGGGGAAAAAAAUCACGGGCUCAUCUUGGAUUUUAUGCAAUCGGUAUAUCCCAGAUCAGUGAAUUCCAAGGUUCAUUUUGGGUCCUUUAGUUCCAGAGGAUAGGCAGUAAAACCGAAAAGGUUGCCGACUGGGGGGGGGGGUGGGGCAACCCCCCACUCAGAUCAAAAAAUGUUUAAGCCCGCAAUGAUGCUGAGGAAUUUGUAUUUGGAUCCAAAAUUGAUCAGAGAAAUGAAUUUUGAUCCCCGGCUCUCAAGACUGGUACAUAUGCAUCUUUUCUGGGGGCUGGGUUAUGUUGUUACCCUUUCUCCAAAUGAACUUGAUUGAAAGCUA